AAAGGCUUCCAAAAAUUUUUUAAAAAUGAUUUUCGACCCGCGCAUGGCCGCUGCUGCUGCUUUAUUAAUGUCUUCUUCUCCACCUAAUUCUGAUAAUAAUAAUAAUAAUUCUUUUUGUGAUCAAUUAAAUGUAAAUGGACUUUUUGCUUCUAAUACAACUGGUCAGAAAUUAAUUUUAUCGCCGCCGCUUUCAAUUAAAUCAGAAAAUGCAAAUAAUACUAAUAGGUAG